UCAACCUCCACCCAAUAUCUUGUGUCGCCAAGUAAAUCGGGCUGUGCUACCGCUGACCGGUGAAGGCGUGUUGAGCCAAAAUGAGCGUCAUGCAUAGGCGCCACCGACACGUAAGCCUGAGUUCUGAACACGAAGAAGUCGAGCGUACUUUAACAUUCUGUCAAUACGAUAUUCGUAAUGGGGUUUCUUUCUGUACCGAUUCUGCAGUAAAGACUGCACGACAAUGUCUUCAGACACGGAGUUGCAGCUGGGCCAUCUUCGCGAUGGCUACCCAUCACUCGCUGCCUGGAUCGCUCGCGACCCCGACAACGAAGCCUUCGUCUUUCGAAGAUUCGACAAGCUGGGGGCCAGGUUUAUAUUGCAUUUACAGGCAAAACUGAUCGAUUUGGAGCGCAAAAUUGACCGACAGGAUGAGCAGGCUCGUCUGAGUGCCGACCGGGAGGCCAGAACGUCUUCUCGAAGUUGGGAGACACUCAUGGAGCAUGCGACAGAUAUGAAUAGGAAAGAGAAAGACCGCAUUGAGACUUUGGAAGAGUUAGGUGUCGUUUUGAAGGAAUAUUAUGAGCUAUUGAACUUGCAGUCACAGACACUAGGUCUCCGCAAACCCAGUGAUCGAGUUCUGACCACUUUCCGCGACUUCUUGAAGGGAGCAUCUUUCCGCGAUGAGUAUGGUAAGCCUCAACCAUUACCCCUCAUCGGAGGGGCAGCGCAAGGCUUCCUAGACGAAGAAGGCGAUCUCCUCAUGCUGGCUGCGCCCGUCGAAGAGGAUCACCUCUCACUCUUCCUGCGAGAUUACUGGCCAUUUCAAAAGCGCAGAGCUCAAGACCCACUCGACCGCACGGCGAUAUACAAGAAUUCGCACAUCGUGCGAACAGUAUCUGCCUUGAACAUGAUGCUUGCCGCUGUUCUUUUGAUUGGCGCGAUUGUCAAUUUGUAUUAUGUAUCCAGCCCGAAAGCGAAGCUGGGCCUCGUAGCGAUGUAUACUGCACUCUUUGCGCUAAGCGUUGCGUUGUUAACAACAGCAAAGCGAGCGGAGGUUUUCGCUGCUGCUGCGGCUUAUGCAGCUGUGCUUGUCGCGGUGUUCGUGAGUGGGGACCUGGGUGGUGCUUCGACCGAACAAUGCCUAAUACAGCUCGAAGGCGGCAUUUGGAAGACCGUUAAAUGCCCUGGAUGAAGGAAUGGAAACCUACGAGGACCAUGUCAAUUUCCGC